GGUUAGAAUCACAAAACAGAUGUACACGAGAACACAACAACUCAAUACAGUAACACUGAAAGAAGUAAAAAAAAACGGAAAGGCAUAUAAAACAAUUAUAAAAAAUUCAAUUAAAGCGAAACCAUAAAUAAAUAUAUAAAAGAACAUAAUGGAAACUGAGGCAAACGAAGAACCCCAAACCGAAAUGGUGCAGGAAGAGGUCCCUCAAGACAGUGUCAGAGUUGUUUCCGAGGACCUCGUCAAAAUUCUAUCGGAAGAUAGUAGGCAGUCUAUAUCAGCCAUUCCCGGUCGAGCUUCGGCUUUUUCCAGGACAAGUGAGAUAGUGAUGAAGAAGAUGAAAAAGGAGGAAAAGAGGUUGCUGCUCAAGGAGGCCAUGGAGCGGCUAAAGGAGCGCAAGGAGGAGGAGAAGAAUAAGGAACGUCAGAUCGAAGAAGAAAGCAAGAAAAGAUCGCUAGAUAGUUUGGAGGAACAUGAUGAGCAGUUGCUUUGGACCAACCUGGGUGAAGAUGUUGGCAGCAACACGGAAAGUACUUCCCGACAGUCGGACUUGGUCUCGUUCGGAGGGGAUUUGAUCACAGCUGGUGCUGAGGAUGCAGACUCUCUGGAACCAAUCGAAUCUUCCUCGGAAUCCGAGUUAGAGCACCAAAAGACCCAGCGAUUCAAGAGCAUAAAUCCCUUGCAGACGGCCGUCCAAUCGCUGAUGCUGGUGCCCAGUAUCUCGGAUAUUUCGCUGUCGAGCGAGCCGGUUGUCCUGCGAAAAUCUAUCGGUUCUUCAAAGCUAGAUAAGCAUGACAACUUUAGGGAUUCCCUUGCCGAUGAUAAUGAGAGCCUAAGUUCCGAAGCAGCGGAGGAGGGAUCCAGUAAGACACACACCGACUCUCGGACUGUCAUGGGCGAUUCGGAGUCUCUGGGCGAAGAGUCGUCCCUCGAGAUUAUACAGGAAAUUCCAUUAACAGAGUCCACGGAAAGGGAAUCCCAGAAAUACCUGGAUUUCGAAAGCUUUUUUCCAGCCACCGAGGCAAAAAGCGACUCGCCCAUCAUGAACGUGGAUAAAGAACUUAGGGUUAUAGAGACGCAACAGGUUGUUCGCGGGUUCCUCAACCAGCUCAUAGCAAGUGUGGUCAUAGUAGAUCGGCCAGGCACCGAUGAGUAUAUCCGGAACCGACUGGACAAGGAUAAGCUCCUUGCCGCUCUGCAGAGUGCCGUGCACGAUCACAUCCUGAUCAACGACCUCCACAAAAUGCUCGAGGAUCGAAUGAUCGAGUACUACCGCCGCCUCAAGAACAAGCGGCCCUUCGACACACUGUCCCUGACGGACGAGGUGAACUACGGAAUUCGUCAUGAUAAUGCCCUCUCUUAUUUGUCCUAUGCCCAAGAGCGCCUCUCCAGGGUGAAGGAUAAAUAUGGAGUUCUAAUGGCCACUGCUUUCUUGGACCUCUCGCACGCCAUGCACAUCGCCGUCAGCACGGAGGGGCACCUGGAGCAGACGAUCCGACGGCUCCUGGUUCGGCCGGACGCCGAGACCGACUUCCUCAAACGGCUUGUGGCCCGCGAGCUGCGGCUGAUGGCGGAGCACCGGAACCAAAUCAGCGAUACCCGGCUCCUGCUCAUCUCACAUAAGCACACAUUGAGCCGCAUUACAGAACAAAUAAAAGAUAUAGAGACCGUGUGCGAUGGUGUUAGCAUGAGAGACUUCAUAACUGUGCAAACUAAGGUGUUUGCGCUUGAAAAAAAGAUUGAAGAGCGAAACCUCGAUCUAAAAAGGCAGCGCAACCAAUACCACACGGACCUGCAUUUGACCAAGCUUGCUCGAGAGAAAUCCUUUGCACUUAAGAACAAACUACAUAAGCUCGAGGACGAGCUGCUGAAGAAGAACGAGGUCAAACACCGACUGAAGAUUCAGCUCUGUGGCGCGAAGGUGGUGCACAAGAAGAUAAGGGGCCAGAUGAAUGAUUUGACCUACCAGGGAGGACUCCUGUCGUUGCCGGCUUUGAUGUACGACUACGAUCGAACGGUGGCUUACAUUCGGGAGAAGGAGGAACGCGUCUCCAAUCUGAGGGAAACCCUGAAAUCCAUUACAAAUCGACUUGAAUCUGUGAUGGACAGCGAACGAGAAACGAAGAGUAUAAUAUUCUGAAAGGUUAUCUACGCUUUUCAACCAAAUACAUUUGUCUACAAAAAUA